AUGGGCGAGGUAGAAGCUGAGGGGUCGAGGGACAUGGUUAGGUUCCCAGAGGGAAGGGGAUGGCCUCGCGUGAGGGCGAAGGAUGGGACAGGGGUAUACCCGAAGGCCGGGGUGGCGGUCGGGGCAAGGACAGAGGAGAGGGUAGCGACGAGGGUCUGCACGAGGACACAGGCAAAGGUCCGUACGAGGACGGAGAUAACGGCGGUCGGCCAGUUAACCGAGAAGGACGCGGCGAGGGGUAGGGAGGCGGCGAAGAUCAUAACAGCGGAGGCACUGGGCAGGAGGGACAGCAGAUGUAACGUGGCCUGA